GGCCAUUCCAGGCACCGGGGUAUCCUUGCCCUAUGGGCAGCCACACUUUUACGAAGCUGUGGACACCAUAUGGAGAGUUUGGUCGUUGGGGAAUGGAUGCCCUACGGAGAGCCACACUUUUAUGAACCUAUGGGCACCAUAUGGAGAAUUUGACCGUCUGGGAAUCGUCACCCUACGGACAGCCACAAUUUUUGCCUCACUGUAUGUACCCUGCGGACAUUUUGAGCAUGAGGUAAUUCUGGCCCCAUGGACAGCCAUGUUCUGUCGAUGCUUUGUGCGUCAUCCGGGCUCCGCACGGAAGUACUUAUCAUAUGAAAUGCCACAUUUUGCGAAUCCGUGGACACCAUGCGGCCAACUUGGCUCUAGGGAAACUCUGGCCCUGUGGAAAGCCAUGCAUAUCGUGAACUCGAAUAGUUAUGACCGUGGCAUUCUAUAAUCAGUGGCUAGUAUAAACUCCUUUAGCAUAUGGGUUUCUCUGCCACAUGGAAGGCCACUAUGCGCAUGAGUUUAGCAUGGUUGUCUGAUACCUGGUUAGCUCUACCCGGGCUCACUUCAUUCAGAAAAAAUACCGUGUGCACAAGGACUUUGGUACCCUACGGCCCGCCACACUCGAUGAAUAUUUGAAUGUGGCCUAUUCUAUAGUAAAACUGGCCCCUUCCCUGUUAACUACAGUCAGCAUGUUGUGUUUAUCUAUCCUCUAGCCUUGCCAUGGAUGCUCUGAUGGUUUACACCUAUGUUGCUGCUGGCUUUGCAGCCAUGCUCCUUCUGCAAGGAUACAUGGCCCGGUGCUUCAUCUUUCUGUUUAACCCACAGUUGAUUCUGCUGCUUCAUAAGUGUCUAACACUUCCUUAUCUCUUUCGCCGGCGGCGGUUCUGGGGCCCAAUUACCCGACUACAAGCCAUACUACACGUACUUUACUUCGGGGGCACCCUGGUGUUUAAUAUACUGGGUGUCUCUGGACUCGCGGCAGCUAGCUCUCGUGCAGCUCUACUCGCCGUCCUGCAUCUGAUACCCACUCUUUGUGUCCCCCAGUUUAGCCUGGCAGCUAAACUGUGUGGAAUAUCACUGUCUACAUACAUUAGUAUGCACCGAACGUUUGGGAUAAUGGCCACUCUACAAAGCAUUCUCCACGUGGUACUUGCUUUGCGAGAAGUGGCGUUCAGCCUAGCGGAUCGGAUUCAACGAUAUGGAUUUAUGGCAGCCGUUGCUCUUGCGGUAAUGCUAGUGGGAACAGCGAUCAGAGUCCACCAAUGGUCCUAUGAAGUGUCUUCAAAAAUUCACUCUAUUCUUGGAAUCUUUUUUGCAGUUACUGCAUGGUUACAUUUAAAAAGACGCCUUGGAUAUGGUGGUAUAUGCCUAAUAACCGCCGUUGGUUCUUUCCUCCUAAGUUCUACAGUUCAUCUCUCUCUUCAACUGUUUCGCAAUACCAUGACUGGAAAAUCUCUUGCGGUAGCGGACCUUAAGAAAACAAAGGAUGCCAUUGAGUUAACAUUCGAACCGCCCCGGCCGUGGAAUGUUCGUCCAGGGCAGUACGUCUACAUGCGCGCUCCUGCUGUGCGACUGUUUUCCUUUGCCGAAUCACAUCCGUUCUCUGUUAUAUGGUGGAGGAACGGGCCAGAUGGCAAAGCAGUUAGCGUGUCAGUCCUGGCCAAGGUCGAAUCUGGGUUUACCAAGGCAUUAAAUGACAGUUCGCACAAACGCCUGCGUGUCUUACUGGAUGGGCCGUAUGGCCGUCACAAAGAUACUGAACCGUACGACUCCGUCUUACUGAUUGCCACCGGUGUCGGGAUUGCUGCGCAGUUGCCCUAUGCAAGGGAGCUUGUUCAACGCCAGCUGGAUACACAGGAGGACAAGGACCAUGUUCAUAAAAGAAAACAGCGAAUUUCUUUGAUUUGGCAACUUGAUGAAGAAUAUCACGAGGAUUGGGUCUGCGACUGGAUGGAUCAGCUCCUGGAAGAAGAUUCAAAAAGCCUGGCUCUACAUUACUCGCUUUAUAUUCUCCACAAGUCGAGCGGCGCUCAUCAAGAAGGUGAGAACAUACAUUAUGGCCGACGGGGGGCGGCAUUUUAUGGCAAGCCCGAUUUUAAUCGGAUCCUGAAGAAAGAGCUCCAGCUCUGCUAUGGAAAACUUCUCUUGUCCGUUGCUGCUGAUCCUGAGACUCGGGAUGAACUAAGAAAAAUCACCAUUGCGUCAGAUGCGCCAAUCGAGUUAUACGAGCCUGACUACCAGCCUCAUGCGCGCAGAGGGGGUUUCUGGGCCCCUAAGAGGAAGGUGCAGCAUAUUGGAGCUGUUUAGCAUGUUGUUGGCGAGUGGUAAAGGUGAUUAUGAGGUUAUGAAAGCAGGGGUCGAGGGACUUUUAUAGCCAAGGUGGCGGAAUGCUUCUCAAUAUCCCAGGAUAGCGAAACGCGAGCUAGCACUGGGCUUUCUGAUAUUGAAAAGCGGGCUAUUAU